AUGAAGGAGGAGGUAGACUUGAGCAAGAUGCCGCUGCUGAGGCUGGACGAGGCGACUCUGCUCGAGAUCUUCAUCCAUGUUGACAUCCCCGAGGUGAGGAAAGGAAGCACCCUGUAUUCGUGCAGCACGUGGGAGCAUGAAGAUGAGUUCUCCGUGUUCGGGACGUUGGAUGAGAAUGUUGUAGAAAAAGAGUUGCUUCCGCUUAUGGAGCCGAGGCAACAUCCGAGCUCGUCCUCAUGCGAGGGGAGGGAGGAGGGGAAGAGGGAGGACAGGAAGGAAGAGGAGGAGGAGGAGGAGGAGGAGCAGAGGAGAGAUGGAGCUCAGAGGACGAAGCUGGUCCUGUUUCUUCGUUCUCUGCAGAGCAGCAGGGAGUUCUUUCGGGGACUUUACGGCAACCUGAUCUUCUGCUGCAACGAUGGGUUUGAUCGGGGAGACGAAAGACUGAUCUCCUGCCGCAUUCAACGAGCAGCAGACAUCUGGUGGCAACUCUACUCCAGGCAGUCCGGCAUGGCCGUCCAUCAGUUCGUCGUCUUCAUCCUCCAGUGCGCCGGCAGCUACCGCCAGCUCUCAGCACAGCACUUCGUCCAACCCGAGCUGCGCACCAGCGGCAAGGAGUGCCGAUGUCAGCAGCCGUCCACCUGCCCGAGCGUCAUCGAGAUCCACGUCGCCCAACUGGUUGCCCAGCUGAGCCACGACCAGCUGAGAAACCCCAACUCGUACCUAGCACCCGUCAUGGUGAAGGAAGAGAUGUGGAAGACCUUCAGGACUCUCCUCAAGCUCUUCUGCUUUGUGUGGGUCAAGAGCGCUCCCUCCUCUCUCCUCUCUCUGCUCCUUCACGACCAUCAGUGGUGGAACUGGAUCUCAGGUCUCAGCAACGCCAAGUUCCUCCCGCUCCGCUUCUCCUGCCUGUACAUGAGCAUGGAGUUCCUCAAGGCCCUCGCUCGAGCAAGCAACGACCUCCAGGAACAGAGCGCUGCUCUGUCGCGGGAGAUGGUCAUGCUGGACAUGCGCGAGGAGGACGGGCAGGGGGAGAGGGAGGAGGGGCAGGGAGGAGGAGGAGGAGGAGGAGGAGGAGGAGCUGGAAGGGAGAGAAGAUUCGUUGCUGCUACGAGCAGCUUGGUGGAUGUGAUUAGAAAUCUGGAGGAAUUCGCCUCCUGCAGGGAGAGGGAGGAGAAAGCGAAGAAGGACGCAGAGGAGGAGGAAGAGGAGGAGCGCAGAGAAGUAAGGCGAAGGGAGGAGGAGGAACUUUCAGCGUCCCUGCUGGCAGCAGCAGCUGCUGAGGAGGAGGAGGAUAGGCAGCUGCUGGAGAAGAUGAGGACGAGCUUCGAGGCGUCUCAGAACCUGCUGGUGGACUGCGAGGGCAGCACGCAUCCUGUCAAAACUAUCUCUCUCUUCCUCUCCUCCUUGUACAUGCUCAACAAGCACGUCGUAGUCGUCUGCAGCAAGGAGAGUUUUCCAUCCUGGCGAGAUGCGCUUGUCAAGCGGCAGAUCGCCAUCACCAUCAUGGACGUGGACGCGAAGAUUUUCUCCUCCUCCUCCUCCUCCUCCUCCUCCUCCUCGUCAUCGGCCGCCGCCUCCUCUCACGGAUGCCACGUGAUCUCCAACGAUCUCUUCGACUUCGAGAGGAUCCGCAGCGCAGAAAAGUCUCUCCUCCUCCUCUCCUCCUCCUCCCUCCUCCUCGACACCAUCGUCGACCACCUCGUCCUCGACUGCCUUGUCUGGGAUGAUGCUGGAGCUUCAUCCUCCUGCUCCUCCUGCAGCCGUUGCGCUGCUCGCCGGCGGCACGAGAUGUUGGACGCCUUCGUCAGACGCUCAUCCAGCGAUCGCAUGAGGAUGAUCGUAAGCUCGAGCGUCAGCCUUCUCAGUCUGCAGGAUGUGAAAAUCUUCUCAGGAGAGGAGGAGGAGGAGGAGGAGGAGGAGGAGGAGGGGACUGGGGGGCAGGAGAGGAUGACAAGGAGGAUGAUGAUGGGGCUGACCAUGGAGGGCGGGGAACUUCUCUGCUGCCUUCAUUCGUCUCUCCGAUCCUCCGACCUCCUUCAUCCUGUCAGGAUGGAUCAGAGGAGCAACGGGCUGCUUGCGCGGCUCCUGCACCGAGAGCUCCUCCUCCUCCAGCAGAACAGCGUGCGAUACCCGCAAGGGGGCGGGAGGAGGACGAAGGAGGUGAAGGUCAGCCGGGGAGACAGCACCUGGCGCCUCGACAUCGAGCAGGAGAGCAUGAGCGUGCGAGAGCUGAGGAGGAGGAUCAGCAAGGAGGGGGGGGAGUGUGUUGCCAGGCUGUACUUCAGCGAUGGGAAGGCGAGGGGGGAGGAGGAGAUGGUGGUGGAGGACUACGUCCCGACAUGGCGAGGAGCGACGGUGCUCUGCGAGGAGAUGGAGGAGGCGGGGCCGAGAGGAAGGCAGUGCUGCAGGUGUAGGGGGAGGAGGGAGCAGCUCUCAGCUAGCAUGGAGGGAAUCAAGACCCGCCUCCUCCUCCUCUCGUCGCUGCAGCAGCAGGUCGAGGACAGAGUCCUCCUCCUCCGCUCCCGAGAUCUGCACUACGUCAUCCGGAGCAAGACGUGCAAGGCGCUGGGCACCUGCCUCCGCAUCGCUCCCUCCCUCUUCCUCCACGCUCGCACGAUGGACCUGCUGGCUUGCUUCCCCUCCGACUCCCACUCGGCUGUCAAGAGCACCGCGCUCUGCGCUCUUGGCCGCUUGCUCGACCAGCUGCCGCCGGCUGCUGCCCAGGAGGAGGAAGAGGAGAGGAGAGUGCUGCUGGGCAAGCAGGUGGAGCCAGUGGUGCGGCUGUGCCGGUCAGAGGAGAAGAAGGUGAUGGAACAGGCGUACGUGGUGUGCGCGAAGUUUGCGCGCAGGGGGCUGGUGGGGGAGGAGCAUGUGCGGGAGCUGUGCGGGAGGAUCAGCAAGAGGGAAGGCAGGGAGGCGGCCAUGCGGUUCGUCAGGGAGCUGUUCUUCGGGGAGGAGACGAGGAGUCGGGAGAGCGCGGGAGGAGCAGGAGGGGAAGGAGUUCUUGCCUUCGUGAGGGAGGAGGAGAGGGAGCACGCAGGAGGGGUCCUGCGGAGGGUGAAGGCGCUGCUGUACAGGGUGGAGCUGAUAGGGGAGAGGACAGGAGGGAGCAAGUCUUACAUCCUGUCGCAGCUGAUGAGCGGAAGGGAUGCGGCAGCUGGCAUGCUCAGCGACGUCGUCCUCCUCCUCCUGUGCUUCCUCCUCUCGCAGGAGCUGUCGCUGCUCCCUCUCGAGAGGGUCGAGCUGCUGGAGGGCGACGCUUGCUCCCUUCCUCUGCAGUGGGAGGCGUGCGCUCUUGAAGCCCUCCUGGUCUCUCUUGCCCAUCACAAGCUGAGCAGGAGAGCCAGGGAGCCGCAGGAAGGAGGAGGGAACGACGUCGUGUGCGGGCUGCUAGACGCUAUCGCUCGCUCCUCCUCCUCCUCGUCUGGGGACGGGGACGUGAAGGAGCAGGUGCGGCAGGUGCUGAUGGAGGGCACUCCCGUGCUCCCCUCGUCGCUACAGGAGGAGGGGAGGAGGAGGUCGACGGAGCGUCUGUGUUGCCUCCUCGUGCAGCAGAGGGAGAAGAUCUCGGAACUUGAGAAGAUCUUUGCAGAGCAUAGGGAAUGA